AUGGGGCGGCAGUUUCAGUGCUUCGAAGCAAGGCAGAAGGAAGAACAGGCCAAGAAGUCAUGUGCGGAGCUGUAUGAGGACCUUUCACACGUCAAAAAAGAUGAGGGCCAGUGCAAAGACUCCCUUAUCGUCCGAGCAGAGCUGGAGGAAUUGAAGCUUCAAUUUAAGGAACAAGCGGAAGCCAAUGACAAAAGAUUUGAGCAACUGGAACGUGCUCAAGAACAAGCAAAAGAAAGAGCUGAUGCAAGAGAAGCAAAUCUGGCAGCUCUAGAAACGGAGAUUGAAGCAGCGAAGAAGACUAAUUUCGAACCUUUGCAAAGGCUCAUCAAAGGCGUUGAGUUGGCGGAGAAGGCCGUACAGCGGAGAACUUGUCGCGAUCAGGCGCGAAAGCAGUUCUUGCAAAACCUGGGCCCCGACAGAAAGGCAGCAGAAGAGCCUUGGCAUUCGUUCAUCAGCAGGCUCACUCAAGCAGAUUGGCAGCGGGUGGGCCUGACCACUAAACAACUGAAGCUCCUAGCUGUCGGGAAUGCUAAGAGUCUGAACGAAGCGGCACAUGAGGUGAAUGAUUUGGGGCUGGUUGCAGACGCUGUCCUACAAGCGCCAGCCAACAAAGCAGACUGGUGCGCUCUGUUCCACUACGCAUAUGGAAAAGCGCCACAGAGCGUUCUGUUCGACCAGGAUGAAUCCAAACGCUUGCAAAACCCGGCUCUUUGUCUGCUUGCCAAGAGCCAUGCAGAUUGA